CUACAUUAUACCCCUUUUGUUCUAUGCUGAUGGAUAGAUGUCUGGUCCUUGCACCUGCAGUUUUCUUAUUGGUUCGACAUACACGAUGGUAGCUUAUCAGAAUAUGGAAAACAACCAGAUUUAUCACAUCAAAAUUAUAUUAGUGAAUUUUAUACUCAAUGUACUUCUACAUCAUUGUGUUGUUAAUUUCAAACAUAUAAAUAUUACAAUUGCAGAUCAAAGGCCCAUAUAUAUCAGAGACAGCAUCGAUGCCUGAAAUGACAGUUUAGUGAAGGCAUAACCACCUAUGGAAAUGAAGGUUGGCGACUUGGCAUGAUAAAUUCUAUGUUUGGUGGGGCUACCAAGGAGUUUUGCUUGCGUGAUGGUCUCUGAGGCAUCCAUCCAUCAGUUAAGCAAAAAGCUCUAAACUGAGGCAUAAGGAACAUGGAAAUGGAUAAGCUUUGACGGAGGAAUCUUAUUCUGAUCUCAAUGCAUGGAAAGAUAAGAGGAUACCUUUCACCUAAUUGCAUAGUUCAAAACUGAAUUUCUGGUUAUAGAUGCUCUAAAAUGUCAUCUUGCAGAGCAUUUUGUUUUCUUCCAAAAGUUUUAUGAAAUUUCUAUAGUUCCAUCAGCCAGAAAUAUAAGUUUCACUUUGGAGACACAUACUGUUAUGGUCGGCAGCGUGUAUGAACGACACCAUCGUGGCUGAGAAGAGAAGCCAGGAACGCGUCCUCGACUUGUCAGUUAGCAUUUGUGUUGUGUUUGAAUUUGUAAGCGCCCACGCACGUCGUGCCAGUUAGCGCUUGUGUUGUGUUUGAAUCUGUAACCUAUAACUAAUGUACUGGGAGAAUGAAUAGAGGUUAAGCUUGGAGAUCAUAUGGAUCUCAGGGCUCCCGCUCCUUCCCUGUAACCGCACUCCUCUGCUCUUGCUCGACGCCGGCCGUCAGGACGGCGUCGCGUCCUCGCCGCCGCCGGGAGCCAAGUCCCCGGCCUCCCGUCCACCACAACUACGCCCUGCGACGUGCGCACUCUGACAAUCUGGUAUCAGCGUCCUUUCCGAUGGCUGGGAACCAGUCCGCCUCCGCCUCCGUCCCUCCGCCCGCGUCCAACGCGCCGCCGUCAACCACAACCGCUCCACCCGCAGCAGCCCACGCCGGUCCUCCGUUCGAUUCCACUCUGGAGCCGCCCCAUCCCGCGCCGCCGCAUGUCGAUUCGGCCGCCGCAACUUCGAUUCCGGCCGCGGCCCUCGACGCGCUUACUACGGCGGUCUACGGGCUCCAGCGACAGAUGGGCCAGUUCGCCGCCCGCCUCGCCGAUGUGGAGCACCGCCCCGGCUCCUCCGCGCCACCACCAGGGGAACCGCCGCCUUCGACAACCGCCAUCUACGGCCUCCAACGCCAGGUGCAUUCGAUCCCCUCUCGGCUCGCAGAUGUGCAGAGUCGGCCGUCACCCGCCGCAGGAGCACCUGCCGCCGCGCCGUACCCCGCCUUGGGGCACGGUGUCCCACCCCUGCCGCUCCUCCAGGGGGCUCUGCCGUCCUCCGCUCUCCACUCCGCGGGACCUUCCUUCAGUCCGCCCCCGCCACCUGCCCACCCACGGACACCCGCGAGCCCCCCAUAUGGCCUGCCGGGCUACGGCGGCGUGCCCCAAGCACCGCUGACAAGCCGCCCCGUUCCUAUAACCCAGAUCCCAUUCCCUCCAUCCCCAUCCCCAAUUCCAUCCAUCCCACAACUCCCCAGCCACCAUACAGCCCACCAUGACUCAGCUGAAGAUCACGAUGACGGCAUUACUGUUCCUCGCUACCAUAAACUGUCCUUUCCAACAUAUGAUGGCAAGGAAGAUCCCCUUGGUUGGUUGAACCGCUGCGAGCAUUUCUUCAGAGCACAGCGUACUCGCGACAGCGACAAAGUUUGGCUUGCUUCAUUCCAUAUGCAAGGAGUGUCCCAGCACUGGUUUUAUAUGUUGGAACGAGACUCUGGGGACAUUCAGGCUAUCAGUUGGUCGCUAUUUCGCACACUGUGCCAGCAGCGCUUCGGGCCUCCUCUUGGAACCAACCAUUUAUCUGAUCUAGCUCGACUUCAAUUUCGGGGUUCAGUGCAAGAGUAUCAAGAAGCAUUCCAAACAAGAAUGGCUCACGCAGGAUAUUUGACACCUGAACAGCAAGUGCAAUUGUUUACAGGCGGUCUUCCGGAUCCCAUUCGCAUAGAUGUUGAACUCCAAGCACCAGCAGACUUGCAGCGUGCUAUGCUUCUAGCCCGUGCAUAUGAGCGCCGCAGUACCACACAUUCAGCUAUUUCCCAGACCAGCACACCAUGUUUUCAGCAGCGCCCUGCGCUGCCCUCCCUAUCUAGCUCUGCAGCCAAUACAGCAACACCAGUGGCAAUGCCAGCUACGUCAACACCAGCAGCAGCAGUGCCUCCCAGGCCACUUCGGCGCCUCAGCCCGGUACAAAUGGAUGAACGCCGUAAGCAAGGAUUAUGUUAUAAUUGUGAUGAACCUUAUGUUCGGGGACACAAAUGCCACAGACUCUUCUACCUGGAAGUUUCUGACCUUGAUGAUCAUGACCCACUCAAAGAAAGUGAAGCACAAGAUUCUAAUGACAUGCCGCCAUUGAUAUCACUUCAUGCCAUCACGGGAAUCAGAACAGCAGAUACUAUGCAAGUGAAAGUGGGUAUUGGGAACCAUCAAUUUACAGCCUUGAUUGAUUCAGGUUCGACCCACAACUUUAUCAGUGGCCCGGCUGCUCAUCACGUGGGCUUACGUUUUCACAAUAGUUAUGGAGCAACUGUCACUGUAGCCAAUGGUGCUAGAAUUGCAUGCACUGGACUUGCCAAAGAUGUGGGCAUCAGAAUUGGUGAUGAAUAUUUUCAAAUAGACUGCUACACAAUUCCACUAGAUUGCUAUGACAUAGUUCUCGGUGUUUCCUUCCUGAAGACACUUGGACCAAUACUUUGGGAUUUUGAUGAUCUGUGCAUGGCUUUCUGGCACCUUGGCAAGAGAGUGUUGUGGAAAGGCAUUGGGUCUACUAGAUGGGAUAUUCCGUCCACAAGCCAGCUAUACUCCAUAAGCACAGAUGAAACACCACUACUGGACAUGCUCGAGCAAGGUAUAAUCAGGCCAAGCACAUCACCCUUUUCAGCACCUGUAGUCUUGGUCAACAAACAGGAUGGAUCUUGGCGCUUCAAUGUCAACUAUACAGCUCUCAACAUUCACACAGUGAAGGACAAGUUCCCUAUUCCUAUUGUGGAAGAGUUAAUUGAUGAACACCAUGCAGCAUACUUCUUCACUACACUGGAUCUGCGUGCCGGGUACCAUCAAAUUAGAGCUCCAGACCGCGCCCUACGCUCCCAACCGCAUAGUGGCCAGUGGUGCAUUCUCGUACAGUGGUCAAGCUUACCAUCUGCCGCAGCUCCAUGGGCGCCACUCGCAGAACUUCGCGCGGCCUCUCCUGAAUUCCAGCUCGAGGACGAGCUGUUUGCCGAGGGAGGGAGAGAUGUUAUGGUCGGCAGCGUGUAUGAACGACACCAUCGUGGCUGAGAAGAGAAGCCAGGAACGCGUCCUCGACUUGUCAGUUAGCAUUUGUGUUGUGUUUGAAUUUGUAAGCGCCCACGCACGUCGUGCCAGUUAGCGCUUGUGUUGUGUUUGAAUAUGUAACCUAUAACUAAUGUACUGGGAGAAUGAAUAGAGGUUAAGCUUGGAGAUCAUAUGGAUCUCAGGGCUCCCGCUCCUUCCCUGUAACCGCACUCCUCUGCUCUUGCUCGACGCCGGCCGUCAGGACGGCGUCGCGUCCUCGCCGCCGCCGGGAGCCAAGUCCCCGGCCUCCCGUCCACCACAACUACGCCCUGCGACGUGCGCACUCUGACACAU